CCGGCAACUAAAAGGCUUAUCUACUAGGAAUUCUUUUUUUGUUAAAAUUACUUAAAAACAAUAUGUAAUAUAUACAAAGAUAUUCGAUAUAUAUAUUACAAAGCUUCUAUUUCAGACCUAAGCCCAUCUCUUUGUUACAUAUCUUAUAUAUCUCCCUCUCUCCCUCUUCUCCUUCUCUCUUUUCAGCUCUCUUCGGAAGUGAAGAUGGAUAUGUACAAAGAUGAUAGCUCACCAUACUGUUAUUUCCAUCCAAAAGAAGAGUAUGUUGGAGUUUGUCCUCUCUGUUUGAACGAGAGGCUUCUUGUUUUAGCUUCAAAACAGAGAUCAUCAAGAACCAAACACUCUUCCUCUUCACCAAUCAUCAGCCUCCCUAAGAUAUUCGCCUUGAGCUCUCUCCUCAGUCGCCUCGAUCUCCGUCACCGGAAAUUCCAUCCCUCCUCCGAUCUUGACGUCUCCACAAGCCAAGAAGAUUCCUUUAUAUCGAUAAAAUUCGAAAACGACGGAAACGCGUCGUGGGAAAAGAAAGCAGUAGUGACAAAGGUUUGUGUAGACAACAACAACAACAACACAACAAACUCAACAUGCAAGAAGCAGCAAUCUCCUAUAACGAGCAAUACCAGUAUCGUAGAGCACAAUAGUGCCAAGUCAUCGCUUAGAUGGCGCAAGCGUAUUGGUCAUCUAUUCCACGUCAUCAAACUCAAAUCAGGAUCGUCCACGUCUUCUUGCCAUGUGGCACCAUCUAAGGUCGAAGGAACCAAAGUGAGGAAACAGGGUUGGAUGGUGAGGACCUUAACCAGAAAAAAAUCCAGGAAAAGUAAAAGUUGAAUUUUUCAUUACUUUGAUUACCCUUUUAAAAAUAUUUUUCUACAUAUUUUUUUUUUUAGUUUAAUAUUUGGUUUGGUCGUUUUUUCAAUGAUUGAUGCUUCUGUUUGAAGAAGAAUUAUGUGGAAGGUUUUUUUGUAAGUAAUGACGAGACAUGGAUUUAAAAGCGAUUGAACUAUCCAUAGAUUAAGUUAUUGAAUUAAUUAGGUUUUUGUAUGUAGAUGUAUUAAGCGUAUGUAAAGGGACAAGAGUCUUGCCCUACACCAUACCUCUUUGUAGGCAUGUGGUCUGAAUGUGAUAAAGCCAUUAAAAGAUGAGAGAAGGGUCAAAAUAGGACUCGUCAAAAUAGCCUUUUAUCAUUAUUUCAAUAUGACAAAAGAGAAAGUUUUGAGCAAAGGAAAGAAAAGAAAAAGGUAUAAUUAAAGAUAGAAGAAAACUAGAAAAGUGAGUUGCUUUAAUAUAUUUUGCAUGGGAUUCUUGAAAUU